GAUUCGGAUUUCGCAGUUCAGUUCCGCGUGCCGCCAGCCUCGGCGUCCGCGAGACCAAGGCCGGCGAGCCGGCGACGCGCGCAGGCGAGCAAGUAGCCAACCCACACACGCACGCACGCACCACAGACAUGGCCUCACGUGUGCGUUGGAGGCUAUCAGAGGGAACUAGUGGGACAUCCUCCUGCUCAUGCGUUGUGCCUGACGCAGACGCGCGCCAUGUGUUCGUGCAAAUGCUUCUAUAGGUGUAUACUUGUCGACUGUUGGAAUUUCAUGUAAAGUCACCCACCUCUUUUGGCUCUUUGACGAAAAGGUGUAUGCAGUUGCUGAACGAAGCACAGGUUUGCUGCUUAUAAAUAUAUGGAAUAUCCCUGGCAAAACAAAUUGAAUACAUGUUGCUAGUACCUUAAAGAAGGUAAUAUUUUUUCUAAUUUAAACUGUAAGAAAUGUGCGAUUGCAAACCGAAAGUAUAUAGGUACAUAUAUUACCUUCGGAGGUCGAACCCUGGUGGGCAGCCAGCAUACCUCGCUGGGCUGACCACCCGAGCUGAGCUCGGCUCUCAGGGGGUUAUCUUUUCUUCUCAAGCAUUCCUAGUCCUUCAGCAGACAGGAUCACAUAAUUAGUGUGAAGUGAACCGUAGGGCCUUCUAUGUCUGAUCAUCAAAAUGGGAUGAUUUGUUUUAGGACAUUUAUUUUUGUUUUACUUAGUUAGCUUAUGUUCGUGCAAUCAUACAUACAGUUUUGGACAGAAUAAGGUUAAAGCCUUUCUCCUGUAAUCCUGUGGCACGUUCAUGCUUCUGUCAAGCAAGAACUAUUUCCCAUAAACAAGAGAGCAAUCCAGAACACUCUUUUCGGUAAUUUUUAUUACAUUAGUAUUGAAGAUGGGAAACUGUUUCUUAUUAGGAGAUCAUUCCUCCAUUAUUUAUUCCAACACACUAGACACUCAGAGCGGCAGUGCUCUCUGAAAAGAGAUGCGUUAACAAUUGCACUUCAUCAGAAAGAUAUACAAUUCUUGCUCUCAUUAUCUCAUAACAUAUGAUUCUACUUAAUUUGAUGGCUAGGAAUUUGUUUCUGCUUAGUUUAUUGAUUCUUUCGCUUGGCCUUAACUCCUGCAAUGCUCUCUCAUGGGGGGACAAUAGUUCUAUGGAUGAUAUAGGUCAGCGUUGUCCACCUUCACCCCAUCCAUUUAGUAUGUGCAAAUCAGAAGCAGCAGCUUUCGGCUAUCCAUGUGAAGAUCACAAGGUGACGACAGAAGAUGGAUACAUUCUUAGCUUAAAGAGGAUUCCUCAUGGUCGUUUUGAUACGAAUUCGACCAAUAAUACGAGACAACCAGUGCUGUUAUUCCAUGGGCUUAUGGUGGAUGGUGUUUCUUGGCUACUGGGUACACCAAAGCAAUCACUUGGCUUUCUUCUGGCAGACGGUGGGUUUGAUGUUUGGUUUGCCAACACCCGUGGAACUAAUACCAGUCGGAACCAUACCUCGCUCUCCCCAAAAGAUCCGGCCUACUGGAAUUGGACGUGGGACGAGAUCGCUGCCUAUGAUCUUCCUUCCGUGCUUGAGUUGGUCUAUAAUCACACAGGAGGUCAAAAAGUACACUAUAUUGGUCACUCACUGGGAACCUUGAUUAUUCUUGCAGCCUUCUCCGAGCACAAGGUACUACACUUGGUGCGAUCAGCUGUGUUGCUCUGCCCAAUUGCUUAUCUGAGCAGGACGAAAUCCAAACUCACCCGGCUUGCUGCUGAGAUCUUCCUUGCAGAAGCAUUUCACUUUCUAGGUUAUCAUGAGUUCAAUCCUGUUGGGCCAGUUGCACAUGAGAUUCUGAUCCAAGUAUGCGGCAAUCCUGAAAUUGACUGCUACGAUUUGUUUUCAGCUGUUGCAGGACCGGACUGCUGCCUCAAUACUUCAACUACAUGUGCUUUCCUGCAGCAUGCUCCACAGUCUACCUCCAUCAAAAACCUUGUUCACUUGUCGCAGAUGGUCAGGCACCAAGGCAUCAGAAGGUACGACUACGGCAACGCCAAGGAUAACAUGAAGCAUUACAACCAGCCACGCCCCCCACUGUACAACCUCUCAUCCAUUCCCACCCAUGUCCCCAUGUUCCUCACACAUGGUGGCCAAGACUUCCUCGGCGAUGUCCCUGACACCAGGCACCUCCUGAGGACACUGGUCAGGAGCCAUGACAGCGACAACAUUGAGGUGCUGUAUGUGCCCGACUAUGCUCAUGCCGACUUUGUGAUAGGUUUUAAUGCCCCACAACUUGUAUACGCACCGAUGGUCGACUUCUUUCAACGUCACUGAGGGCUAUUACUUCAGGUCUCCAUGAUCUGCUUCAGCAGUAAAUUUCCUUAGCAUCCUAUACAAUCAAACCUUGAGACCACAUAUCAGCUGUCCAUGUAUAUGACUUCUGAGGCGGCAGUGUAUGCCUAUAUUUGUCAGGUUGAUCAUUUGGUCAAAUACUUCGGUUUCAUGUAUUAAACUAUCAUUUGGAACUUCGGUUUCAUGUAUUAAACUAUCAUUUGAAAGAUGCUGAUGAAUCUUCUCGGCUGU